ACUUUUCUUGCCGAAACGAGGCUUGGGAUUUCAGAGCAUCAGGUAUGAGGGGCUUUGGGCGAUUGGCAGGCCGAGCUCUUCAGGUUCAAACAUCGAAGGCAGCUGCGAAUGAACAUGGCCUUGUAUCGAUACCUCGCCGUCUCAUUCGCUUUGCCUCAUCAGCGACGUCGUUUCGAGGGAGCCGACAUGCUUUGUCUACCUAUGGAUUUUCAUCGUUGCAAUCUUCCUCUGUAGAUUCUUUAUAUGGAAAGAAAUGGACACUCUUUGGAGGGCAAAAGAGGACUAUGUUUAUCCAAACACAGUCCACUCCCAAUCCUUCAUCAUUAAUGUUUUACCCCGGGAAGCCUGUUAUGGAAGUUGGAAGUGCAGACUUUCCAAAUGCUCGUUCUGCCAUGAAUUCUCCAUUAGCAAAAGCACUUUUUGGAAUAGAUGGUAUAAGUCGGGUCUUCUUUGGAUCAGAUUUUGUCACUGUUACAAAAUCAGAUGAUUUUUCUUGGGAUCUCCUGAAGCCUGAGAUCUUCGCAGCAAUUAUGGAUUUCUAUUCAUCAGGGCAGCCACUGUUUUUGGACUCAAAAUCUGCAGCAGCCAUGGAUACAGCUAUUCAAGAAGAUGAUUCUGAAAUAGUUGCUAUGAUCAAGGAAUUAUUGGAGACUCGUAUUCGACCGGCUGUGCAAGAUGAUGGUGGGGACAUUGAGUAUCGAGGUUUUGAUGAAGACACUGGAAUUGUGAAACUUAAAAUGCAAGGAGCAUGCAGUGGCUGCCCAAGUUCAUCUGUGACGCUGAAAUCUGGUAUUGAGAACAUGCUGAUGCAUUAUGUACCAGAGGUUAAAGGUGUGGAGCAGGAACUGGAUGGUGAAGCUGAGGAAGCUGCAUUAAGUGGACAGAUAGAGUAGUUUAACUAGUUGGUUUAAAAUGAACAAAUUCACUGGCUAGACUUGGAGUUCAUUUCAAACGCCCCUAUAGCAAGUGCCAAGCGAUUGCAUCUUCAUUCUCUGAUUCAAUUUUGAAAAGGCACGGGGCGGUUCUCAAAUAUUCCAUCAGAUCCUGGGUUCAAUUUCAUUUGAUUCCCACACCAUAUGGCUUUUUUCCUCUUUUCUGUAGUGUAGUGUAUAAUCUCAUAGAUUUAGAUACUUCAAAAGCUGUUUUGAAUGCACCAACAAUACAUGAAAGAAAUAAAGGUGUAUAUUAAGUCAAGUUUAUAACACUGAUAUUGACAGGGAAGAGGCAUACAGUACUUUAUUGUCUCGGUCCUCAGAUGUGAUUUUGAUGUGUGUGGAACAUCACGUCUAGUUGAGGGAAUUUUAAUGAGAUCAAGGCUAAUGUUGCAUUCCCAAAGCUCAAA